GGACAAGAAAGCGAUAUGAACAAAACUCGUAUCUGCACCCGCACGGCGCAGCACCAAAAUACCCGUUUGCGAUGUGGCAGUGCUUCAUUCAGGGGUAAAUAAUCGAAAGGUUGGGCUUAGCGUUUACUCACGAAACCCCGACGCGUCAAUUUGAUGUCAUGUUUCCUUUUCAUCUCAUUUGUAUUCGAUGAAGACAUCGUGACAUUUGGUGCUUCCAUCUCUUCUUGGGAUUGUUGCUGCAUGUCUGUAGCUGUGUGGCGUUCUUGCACGUGGUAGUAGUGAGCCCGCGAGUAUGGCACUGGGAUUGAGGUCCCUUCUUGGUGGGGUCGUGAUCUUCUUGGCUGCCUUGGUCUCUGCUACCGUCGAUCCGGUGGUCAUCAAGGGAUCACAUUUCUUCUACCAAACCAAUGGCUCAGAAUUCUUUAUUCGAGGCAUUACCUACCAGCCUCCAUCGAAUUCGACGCCCAUCGACCCGCUGUCAGUCUCUUUAAAUUGCAUGCGCGAUAUUCAAUUCCUCAGCGAUCUCACCACCAACGUUAUCCGAGUAUCCUACAUCGAUUCAGCUUCCGAUCAUUCAGCAUGUAUGACCGCUCUCCAGACUGCUGGGAUCUAUGUUCUCGUGGACUUGCCUGGAACGGCCACCAUCAACAGCACGAAUCCAGAAUGGAAUCUAGAUAUAUAUGGAGCUUGGGUUCAAACCAUAGAUGCGAUGGCUGGGUUCACGAAUGUUCUAGGAUUCUUUGCUGGAGAUAAUGUGGUUACCAAUAGCAGCAACUCGCCAGCCGCGGCAUUUGUGAAGGCAGCUGUGCGGGAUUUGAAAUCAUAUAUCGCAACCAAGGGCUACCGGCCGAUCCCAGUUGGCUACGAGAUGAGUGCUUCGGACAAUUAUGAUGUUGCUUCUCUAUACAUGACCUGCACCAAUUCCUCUCAAUCGAUCGACUUUCUGGGCAUCUCGGACUUCAAUUGGUGUACGAACAACACUUAUGUUAAUUCCGGUUAUGAGAAUAUCAUUAACCAGUAUGCUACUUAUACUGUUCCAGUCUUCUUCGCGGAGUAUGGCUGUAAGGACGUGGCCACCGUUCCCAGAGAGUUCGAUGAAGUGGCAUACAUAUACGGAACUCAGAUGACGAACGUUAUUAGUGGAGGGAUCGUCUACGAAUACUUCCAAGAUGACGAGAACAAGGGACUCGUCUCAAUAGUUUCAAAUUCCGUGGUCAGCCCCUUGCCGGACUUCACGUCAUACUCUUCACAAAUAGCCAAGAUCACACCAUCUUCAACCUUCGCGUCAAACUACACGGUCACCAAUACCAUCACCCAGAGCUGCCCCACUACCGCUUUCUCUGCUUCGCCAACUUUGCCACCAAUCGUCAACAAGGACGUUUGUUCUUGCAUGGUAAACUCUCUACAGUGCGUUGCUAGAUCACCCCUCAACUCCUCGACCACAACAUCACUACUUGAAGGGAUAUGCGGAACCAACUCCAUAAACUGCCCGGCGUUGCACGGAGAUGGAAGCACAGGAAUCUAUGGAUCGUACAGCAUGUGCAAUGUCACGGAACGACUUUCUUGGGCUCUCGAUAUGAAGUACCAAGACAACUUGGUUGGAUGCACCGACGAUCCGGAUGCGACGACUCAGGAGACCGACGAGUCCUAUGACUGCGAAAAUGUCUACGAACAAGCUGGAGCGGUCGGGACUGGGACUAUUACUUCGUUUCCCACUUUGACGACAGCAACGAACAUAGGAUAUCCGUCAGAUUCCCUCACGCCAUCAUACUAUUAUGGUGACGAUUCGAAUUCGCUCAGUGGUGGUGCCAUAGCUGGUAUUGCGAUAGGGAGCAUCCUUGGAGUUGCUGCCAUAGCCUCUGGAUGCGCAUGGUUCUUCUGCUUGCGAAGACGAGGCUUCAAGCGCCAGAACAGCGAAAGCAGCAACGGAAACCCACGAAAUUCGACACCAGCCGACCAUCUAUUUCCUCCGCGCAAUAUGCGAGGAGGUAGCGCCUCAGUCAUAUCCGAUGAUUCUCGAGAUAUGUCAGAACUGCCACAGUUCGAUGGGAGUUAUAUAGGCCAAUCGUCCACGCAAUGGAGUCGUACUGAACUGCAUAGUAUUCAAUCCGAGGUCCCAGCUGGAUAUAGAUCAAUUAUUGAGCGAGACGCGGCGAUUUCGGAAAUGCAUACGCCGGUAUCGAGGGGUUCAGACCUGGAACAUCCGAGUCCUGUUAUUCCGCCUUCGCCAAUGGGAUCUGAGAAGGAGCUGCCGGCUUUUCGGACGAGGAUGGAGGACAAGUCGUUGCCGAGCAUGAAGUUAUUGUCGCCCAUGAUUAAAGUUUCGCCUGUAUGAAGAUGAACGAUGAAAAGGAUGAGCAACCAAAUCCAUCAACCGGCAACAAAAUGGUAUAGCUGCGGAAACCUUCCAGGAGUGCCGAGAUAUAUAUUGCAAGACCAGCAAGCGAGGAAGACAGAGAUCGGCCACUCACUCGAGAGAAAACAACAGCAAAUCAUUCGAGGAAA